UGCAAACCACCGACUAAGGAAAUUUUGAUGAAAUAAGUUUACCAAUUGUGUCCACUGGCACAGUAGUUUACGAUCCACCAUUUCGGAUGCUUAAACAUGAACAAAGCAGAUUUGCACGCUGGCUACGAUCAGGUGGACGAAGAUCAUGAACCAUGUCCCAAGGACCGGCUAAAGCUAUUCCCGACACGGCUCUAUCUCAGUGACACGGCCGAAGAUAACUCUCCCACUCACCGAUCAAUCGACGCCACAAACCAACAUCAUCCGUUCCGAAAGAGGCGUGGACACUGCCACGAUCAGACGGUGGAGCAUGGUCUGGAUCACAGAGCCAAACGGAAGCUAAUGUUGGCAUCCGGGUUGUGUCUGCUGUUUAUGAUCGGGGAGAUUGCCGGUGGGGCGCUAGCCAAGAGUCUCGCAAUCAUGACGGACGCGGCUCAUUUGCUGACGGACUUUGCCAGUUUCCUCAUCAGCCUGCUCGCAUUGUUCCUUGCCUCUCGACCAUCGACCAAGCGAAUGAGUUUCGGAUGGUACCGUGCUGAAGUCGUUGGUGCUCUGGCUUCCGUAUUAAUGAUUUGGCUCGUCACGGGCAUCUUGGUAUACUUAGCUGUCGUGCGAAUCAUGAGCGGUCAUUAUGAUAUCGAUGGAAAAAUUAUGCUGAUCACCUCAACCAUCGGCGUAGGCGUCAAUAUCGUCAUGCUGUGCACGCUUCAUGAUCACGGGCAUAAUCAUGGGGGUGACUCAAAGAAGCCGAAUACGAACGGGCAUGGGCACAACCAUAUGGGAUUCGCCAUGAACACCGACAAACACCCAGAAAAUGCUGUGGAAGAAGGGCGGAGUACCCAAGGAAGCAUGCACGGAGUCCAUGAGAAAACUCAGCGAGAGGCACAAAAACAAAACAUUACGGUCCGUGCAGCGCUGAUUCACGUGAUCGGAGAUUUGGUUCAGAGUGUGGGUGUCAUGAUAGCUGCUUUGAUAAUCUAUUUCAGACCAGACUUGAAGAUAGUGGACCCUAUUUGCACAUUCCUGUUUUCCAUCCUCGUCCUCGUGACCACCAUCAACAUCCUACGGGACACACUCAACGUGCUGAUGGAGGCCACUCCGAAGGGGCUGGAGUUCAACGAAGUGAGGAACGCGCUACACGAUGUCCCCGGGGUGAUAGAAUUGCACAACCUUCGCAUGUGGAGCCUGACAAUGAACAAAACUGCUGUGGCAGUGCAUUUGGCAGUAGAUCCAGCCGCAGAUGCACAAGGGAUUUUGAACAACGCAAGCACUCUGUUAAGGAAAAGAUAUCUGGUACACGAAGUCACAAUUCAAGUGGAACCCUAUGUGUCCGAAAUGGCCGAUUGUCAAAGAUGCCAGGCGCCCACGAGGUGAAUGCAGACCAGUUGAUAGACCUGUAAAGUGCAUUGGGAAAAAACCAAAGCAACAUGAGACAGGCAUUUCAUGAACCCAGAGGGAGACAAUCCUAUUGACCAAUUGCUGUCACCAGCUCGACACAAUCGUGUACUUUCACCCACACCCCACUCCUCACAUCCUGCCACCAAUCACCUGGGCCGCAGUGAGAUCUUCACAACAUUUGAUAAAUUAUCCGAUCGUUGGGUUUGGUGAGAUUUAGAGUAUGACAUUAUAUAUGUAAACAUGU